AUGAACUUUACCAACGAAGUCGAGUUAAAGAGAAGUAAGAAGAAGAGUAACAGUAACAUUCCCACUCUACCUCCAAUCACACCUGUUAGCAAACAGAUAAGAGCCGAGCCAGAUGUUUCACCUAAUGCUCCUAACUUUGAGACACUUCGAGCUGAUUCUCUUAGACAAAUUUCUGACUCUCCAAAGGCAAGACUUGAGAAACUUGAGCCUCCCAAAGAUCGCUCCAAACUUGUUACAAGAGAAGGCAACUUUGGAGUCAAUGAAUUCAAUGAUAUCGAGUGGUCUCACAAAGAUAGUGGAGAUAUUGCAGCAAAAGAUAUCCCAAAACAAGCCAAUGCCACAAAGGCUAGAGAGCACAGAGAACUUACAAUGCUUCGAGGAAGUCCAGAAAGGUCUAAAUUUUCAUAUUGGAGAUCCUCGGUAGAGUCUAUUAUAGGUAGAAGUGAGUCUCAUCCUUCAUUUGGAAUUUAUUUAUUCUUCCUGAAACGACUGACAUUCACCCUAUUCCUAUGCCUCUUCUCUAUAUGCCAAGUGGUUUAUCUUUUAACAUGCAACUUUUAUGAAGACAAGGACAUUAGAUUCGGGAUUGAAAAGACGACUUUGGGCAACUUAGAUGGCCUAGACUAUAAAGCAUACGGGAGCUUAGCAAAGGAGAUACAGAUGGAUAAUGCUUCAAAGGGUAGGGACAUCGUCCUCCCUUGCCAAGUAUUAUUGGUGAUCUUCUUCCUCUUAUUUGUUAUAUACCAUAUAAUUAUGGUCAAUCACGAAUCGAGGAAUGUAGAGAAUCUCACAAUUGGCAAGAAUUGGAAGGAGCUUAAGAAGAAGCCACACCCUAUUAGCAUCAAAGAAUUCACAAUAUUUGUGACAGAGAUUGAUAGGAGCUACGAAGGGGAUAUCUCCUCUGACCUCAAAAAUACCUUCAACAAAUAUGGAGGCAACAGCGGGUUAUUCGAGAUAGUUCCAAUGUAUGAAUACGGCAAUAUCCUUAAGAAUCAGUUGAGACUUUCAGGACUUAAUCAGCAACUUUCAGACCUUAAAGCUAGAGAAGGAAUCAAUAAAAUUUGUAUUGAAGGAAAGAUUAGGAAAAUAGUCUCAAAAAUUGAGUGACUAGAAAAAUCCCAGUCUGAAUUGUGUAACGAUUUUCAGAAAACUAAGAUUCCAAAGGAAAUUGCUGUCGUGUUCCAUAGACUCAAAGAUAGAAAUGACUGUCUAGAUGCAUACUCUAGUUAUUCCAAUUGGUGGUCAAGACCUUCUAAAAUGCCACAAGAUAUGAAGCUAAACUCUAAAUAUGGGUUUAAAGUUCACCAAGGAGUUGAACCAUUUGAAAUUAAUUUAGAACAAGACUCAUUUUGGAAAUUCAAAAGUCUCUUUUUUUGGGCGAAGUCUUUCUACAUAUUGGGAGCACUUCUUCUUAUCAGCGUAAUCAGUGGGCUCUGUUUGCAUUACUCCAUCAAUGAAGUAAGAGAGGUGUAUAAUACCUUUCCAAAUUACAAAGACUGAAAACAAUACUUGUUCGCAGAGAGUGUUGUAGUGGCAUCUUCCACCAGUUCUAUUAAUACAGUCCCAAGUGGCAAUCAGGAGAUCCAAUGUUUCUGCAGAUAUCAUGGCAAAGAAACUAUCGAAUCUAAUGGAGGCACGAAUUCUAGUCUUACCGGAAUCAAGACUCUGUGAAGUAGGUGGACUGAGAACUAUGAUAAAAUCUACCAGAAUGUAUUUAUAGCAACUACAGUAAUGAUCUGCACGAGUAUGUUUAUUUCAUACUCAAUAAAAUUAGCAUUCAGUAGUAGAAUCCUGAAUUUUAGGAGGAAAACAACAAAUAAAAUCUUGACCAGUAUUUCUGUAUUUUUGUUAAAUUCACUGCUGAUUGGAGUCUUUCCAAUAAUAGUAUUUGACUCAAGUGAGCAUUCAAUGCCGAGGGAGUGGUACCUCAAGACAGGGGUUCUCUACCUUUGGUACUUCCUAGCUUUAUUGGUGAUUUACCCUCUAGAGGUUGCCAUCUUGAUUCUCAUCAACAAGAUAUACAGAGGGAUUUUGAAAAAGAGAGCAGUACUCCAAAAAGAGCUGGACAAAGCUCAUGAAGGUGUUGAACUUGAUUAUUCACAUAAAAUAGGAAGACUUGCCUCUCAUUUCCUCAUCUGCUUCAUGUUCUCUCCUGGUUUGCCCUUGCUCCCAGUGUUAUUCUAUGUUCAUUUGUUGACACAUUGCUUUAUUGAGAAGGCAUUAAUCCUAAGGGUCUAUAAAAGAAUGGAAGCAAUCACAAACUUUAUUAGGCAAUAUACCAUCCAGACACUCUGCAUUGUUUUUAUUUCUACAUGAAUAAUGUCAAUAGCCAUGUAUGGUAAUGAAGAGAUCUUCCCUACAGAUACAAGAACUGAGAGCGGGUUGGUCUAUGGUCUCUCACUAGAGUACUAUUUGCCCACUAAGAGAAACUUCAUUGACAGAAUGUUUGUCUUGACUGGGAUCCCUUUCUUCUUAAUGACUCUCUUAGGGUUGGUUUUGUACAUUUUUUUCUGUUUCACCCACAAAAAUGUAGCUUUCUUGAAGAUAUUUAGAGGAUGUGCUCUGGUAUCUUCCCCUUUAAGAGUCAAAUCCCGAACUUUAGAUAACACAUUGACUUAUGAGCCGAAGAGCUACAACCACCAGACCAUUGAGAAAUAUUCUGAAGCUCUUGAAAUUGUCCGAUAUAAACUUUCAGACGAAGAAAGAAAAGAUCCAAAAAAACAAAAUAACAUCACUCUUUCAUUCCAAGUUGACCACAAUAGGACAGAUAGGAAGCUAGUCUCUCAGAGUGACAUUCGUCAGCAACCUCUCUAUUUUGACACUGAAGUUGGUGAAAAAAUAAGAGAGACUCCUCCAAUUCAAGAAGAAGACGAUGAAGAGGACGAAAUUGACAAACUAGACAACCUUGACGAUGAGCUUCAAGAGAUCAGCGAAGUCAAUGAUAUAGAAGAUAUUAAGGACCUAGAAGAAGUCAUUAAGUUAUAAUUCCUGAUGGGC